CGCAUGGGGUGAGAACGAAGCGAGCGCAAGAGGACUGAGGAGAAGGUGCGCGCACUUCAGUUUUGGUGCCAGGCGCACAGGAGCGGCAGCCCGACGGAGCGGCACCGCACGCGCUGCCCGAAAACUGGUGGAAAGCCUCCGAGACAGCCGCUCCUCCCGGGUAUGAAAGUGUAGGUACGCACAGGUUGGACAGGCGGUGACGGACCGAGCCUCUCAUUUCAGGAAGAAGACACGGCAGAGACAGACAUGGAGAGAGGAGGACAACUGGAAACAAGUUAGCGCCGACUGUGAAGUAACCUCUGGGAAGACGAGUUCAGAAGAAGAAGAAGAAGAAGAGUCUGGGAAGGAAACGGGAGCAGGAUGGGGAUGGAUUUCAGCACUCUACGGACCCUCAUCAGCAGAUAUUGUGUUGGUGAGGAGAACUGGGUAGACAGCAGGACGGUUUACAUCGGACACAAAGAGCCUCCUGCAGGCACCGAGGCCUACAUACAACAGAGAUUCCCCGACAACAGAAUAGUCUCCUCCAAGUACACGUUUUGGAACUUCAUCCCAAAGAAUAUGUUCGAGCAGUUCAGAAGAGUCGCCAAUUUCUACUUUCUCAUCAUAUUUCUAGUUCAGUUGAUCAUUGACACUCCUACCAGUCCAGUCACCAGUGGGCUGCCACUCUUCUUUGUCAUCACCGUAACCGCCAUUAAACAGGGUUAUGAGGACUGGCUAAGACACAAAGCAGACAAUUCCGUCAACCAGUGUCCUGUCCACGUGGUGCAGCAUGGGAAAGUGGUCCGCAAGCAAAGUCGUAAGCUCAGGGUUGGAGAUGUUGUCUUAGUUAAAGAAGAUGAGACCUUUCCCUGUGACCUCAUCCUUCUCUCGUCAUCUCGAGAUGAUGGAACCUGCUUUGUUACGACAGCCAGUCUGGAUGGAGAAAGCAGUCACAAGACUUAUUAUGCUGUUCAGGACACCAAAGCAUACAACACAGAGAAGGAGGUCGACUCCAUCCACGCCACCAUAGAAUGUGAACAACCACAGCCGGACCUCUACAAAUUUGUGGGUCGUAUCAGCAUCUACAUGGACAAUGAGCCGGUGGCCAGGCCACUGGGGUCGGAGAACCUGCUGCUACGCGGAGCCACACUCAAGAACACAGAGUACAUCUAUGCGGUUGCCAUCUACACUGGCAUGGAAACCAAGAUGGCUCUGAACUAUCAGUCCAAGUCUCAGAAACGAUCUGCAGUGGAAAAGUCGAUGAAUGCCUACCUGGUGGUCUACCUGUGCAUUCUCAUAGGCAAGGCUUUCAUCAACACAGUGCUGAAGUAUGUGUGGCAGGCCGAUCCCAACAGGGACGAACCCUGGUACAACGAGAGGACAGAAACGGAGAGACAGCGACACAUAGUGAUCAGGGCAUUCACAGACUUCUUAGCCUUCAUGGUUCUUUUCAACUACAUCAUCCCCGUAUCCAUGUACGUCACCGUGGAGAUGCAGAAGUUCCUGGGCUCGUACUUUAUCAUGUGGGAUGAUGAGAUGUUUGACGAGGAGCUGGGGGAGAGAGCCGUGGUCAACACAUCAGACCUGAACGAAGAGCUGGGACAGGUGGAGUACGUGUUUACAGACAAGACGGGUACUCUGACAGAGAACAACAUGGAGUUCAUAGAGUGUUGUGUGGAUGGACACGUUUACGUACCUCAUGUCAUCUGUAACGGACAGGUGAUGCCCGGUGCAACCAGUAUGGACAUGAUUGACACAUCUCCAGGUCCAGGGGCCAGGGAGCAUGAGGAGCUGUUUUUCCGGGCGCUGUGUUUGUGCCACACAGUGCAGGUGAAGGAGGAGGAGACGGUGGACGGCAUCAAACAUGGCAUCCACCAGGGAAAGUCCACCUCCUUCUACAUCUCCUCCUCCCCAGAUGAGGUGGCGCUGGUGGAGGGCAUGAAGAGGCUGGGUUUCACCUAUCUGAGACUCAAGGACAGUCACAUGGAGAUCUUAAACAGGGAGGAUGAGAUAGAGAGGUUUGAGCUGCUGGAGGUUCUAACAUUCGACUCAGUCAGACGGAGGAUGAGCGUCAUUGUCAGGGCCAACACUGGUGAGCUCUACCUGUUCUGUAAAGGGGCAGACUCCUCCAUCUUCCCACGGGUCAUUUCAGGCAAGGUGGAGCAGGUCAGGGCUCGGGUGGAGCACAACGCAGUGGAGGGUCUGAGGACACUGUGUGUAGCAUAUCGUCCACUGAGCUCUGAACAGUACCAGCAGGUCUGUCACCUGCUGAGCGAGGCUAAACUGGCUCUACAGGACCGGGAUAAACGACUGGCCGAAGCCUACGACCUCAUAGAGACAGACCUGAUCCUGUUGGGAGCCACCGCUGUGGAGGACAGGCUUCAGGAAAAAGCUGCAGACACCAUCGAGUCUCUGCACAAGGCCGGCAUGAAGGUGUGGGUGCUGACCGGCGAUAAGAUGGAGACGGCGGCUGCAACCUGCUACGCCAGCAAGCUGUUUCGACGCAACACCCAGAUCCUGGAGCUGACCACGAAGCGCACGGAGGAGCAGAGCCUUCACGAUGUCCUGUUUGACCUGAGCAGGACCGUCCUGAGGCAGCACGGAGGCAUGACCAGGGACAACUUCUCUGGUUUAUCAGGUGACUUCACCGACUUCGGUCUGAUCAUCGAUGGAGCCACCCUCUCUGCAGUGAUGAGGCCGGGUCAGGAGGACUCCAACUCAGGGAACUACAAAGAGAUCUUCCUAGAAAUCUGCCGCAACUGCAGCGCUGUGCUCUGCUGUCGAAUGGCACCCCUGCAAAAAGCACAGAUUGUGAAGCUGAUCAAAGCCUCCAAAGAGCACCCGAUCACACUGGCCAUUGGAGACGGAGCAAACGACGUCAGCAUGAUCCUAGAGGCCCACGUUGGCAUCGGCAUUAUGGGAAAGGAGGGUCGACAAGCAGUGAGGAACAGUGACUAUGCCAUCCCAAAGUUCAAACACCUCAAGAAGAUGCUGCUUGUCCACGGACACUAUUACUACAUUCGCAUCUCUGAGCUGGUGCAGUACUUCUUCUACAAGAAUGUCUGUUUCAUCUUCCCCCAGUUCUUGUACCAGUUCUUCUGUGGCUUCUCACAACAGCCGCUGUACGACACCGCCUACUUGACUCUGUACAACAUCAGCUUCACGUCACUGCCCAUCUUGCUCUACAGCCUCAUAGAGCAGCACAUUAACAUGGACAUCCUGAAGAAGGACCCGUCUCUAUACAGAGAUAUUGCGAAGAACUCUUUGCUGCGUUGGCCCAUCUUCAUAUACUGGACCAUCCUGGGUGUGUAUGACGCCAUCGUGAUGUUCUUUGGUGCUUACUUCCUGUUCGAUAACACCACCUUCACCAGCAAUGGACAGCUAAUGACAACCAACACACAGAUGAUGUUUGGAAACUGGACAUUUGGGACGCUGGUCUUCACUGUGUUAGUCUUCACUGUUACAUUUAAGUUGGCUCUUGACACCCAUUACUGGACGUGGAUUAACCAUUUCGUCAUCUGGGGCUCUCUCAUUUUCUUCGUGGUCUUCUCUCUGCUGUGGGGAGGAAUCAUUUGGCCCUUCCUCAACUACCAGAGGAUGUACUAUGUGUUCAUGCAGAUGUUGUCCAGCGGGCCAGCGUGGCUCAGCAUCAUCCUCCUCAUAACGGCCGGUCUGCUGCCAGAUGUGGUGAAGAAAGUCAUCUGGAGGGCGCUGUGGCCGACCACGACUGAACGCAUACAGAAUGCUGACAAACUGUACAAGGGCCAGCUCUCGGAGUUCACCCCCCUGGCGUCUCUCCACGGCCCGUCCAAGGCGGGCGGCCAUCGGCGAGGCUCCGGCCAAAGGAACGCCCCCAACUCUCGAAGGUCUGAACCCCUUACCAAGAAAACCAUGUUCACACGCUGGCAAAGACCACAAGACUACUUCACCUUCACCCCAAUCCCCCGCUUCAGCCACUCGAGGCAGGGAUACUCCUACUGCGGGGCGGGGCCAGAGACCUCAGUCUAAUUUAUUGAUGUUUAUGUAUCAAAGAAGUCCCAAACACUCGCAGUGAUUGACUCCAGAGCUGGAAUCAAAUAAGAGACUGCGUUGCAACAGGUAUCUGUAACCCAUCUGUAAGGGAUUACAGUGAAAGUGACCUUCACUACUGUACCCCAUCCAAGGCCAAGUACGGCACAAAGCACUAUGGGACGGCUCUGCGAAAAGACUGAGCAGGGCCUCGCUCGUCGCCUCAGCACGCAAAGGGCUCCGUGUAAUGAUGUCACAGACUCAAACCACAUUCUGUCAAACUGAAAAUACACGCACUGGCCCUUUACAGUAUGCGAAGUGUACUUCAAUUCCUGAGAUGUGUGUGAUUUUUUUUUAAAGAGUAUGUACACGUUGAAUCGUGCUGUUGCGAUUGGAGCUGAUGUGAUGAUAAUGAAGGCAGCGGCUGUAACUGUCAUUAAGCCAUCUCUCUGUCCUUUUCUGUCUUUUCUGCUUCUCUUUAGGACUAACUGGUGUUGCCUGUGUGCAAACUUAUUAUCCAGAAAUACUCCGUAGGACACGGGGUCAGAUGCCACAACACUUGAUGCCGAUGUGGGACUUUUCCUACCUCCGACAGCUGCUUCCAUGCGUCGCGUCAUCAUCAUCAUCAUCGUUCACCAUCCUCAUCUGUUAGACGUUCAUCAUCCAUCCAUCGUCUGUAGUGAGACAGUAAAACAGAGGUCAGAGAAUAGAUUUUCGACUCUUUUGUACAAACCAAAGCCUUGUUGCUGCUAGAGAUACUUUUAGCUGCUUUACAUUAGGUGCCUUGUGGUAGCGGAUCAAGUCUGUGUUUGUCUUUGCUCGCUAUGUGGAAAAAGUCCUCCUCAUAUUUAGGCAUCAAACCCAAGGGCAGUGCAGAUAAUAGAUGGAUGGGUGGUGAAAAAAUGGAAGAAAAACAACAAGAUUGAUGAAAAACAGCGAGUAGAUGAACAAAAUAUUUACCGAAUGCACAAAAAAGUUCAAAGACUUAUCGAUUUUUUUUAUGUUUUUUUUUUUUUUAAUUCUAAAUGUUUUAUAUGUUGUGUGAGCGAGAGGAUGUGUUCAUUGUUUAAUGUGUAAUGUUAAAUAAAUGCUCUUUAGCACAUCACAGCGGGAGUUAUGGAUCUGAACACACUGGAAAGUAUAUCAGCUAAAAACAAAACAAACACUGUACGUUCUGUAGGUUUGUGUCGACGUGUCCAAGCUGCUUAUACACACAGACUGAAAAAAAAAAACAUGUUCAAGUUCAUUUAAAGUUCACGACGGCUGAAUUAAACACUGAAGAAUCCCAACUAACGCUUAAUUCUCUCAGGAUUGUGAAUGUAAACAGAAUUGUAUCACCCUAAAUCACUCAGAUUUCUUUUCUUUUUUUUUAUACCUGAAAAAUCUGAUUUGUCUGAAGAUUUGGCACUUGUUCGUUUAAAGAAGGUGUGAAUGGUUGCCACGCCGACGGGUACGUCCUGUAUCUGUCCGUUACCACUAGUAGAGCUUUUUAUAUGUUCAGUACAGUAGAGGCUUUGUUACUUUUUUUUACUUUCUAGAGUCAGUAUUUGACGUGUCUUAUAUACAUAGAAGUGUUUAACACCUGACCAACCGAUCGAACAACACUGGACGUGUGUGUAUCUAUAGCUUUAAAAGACAAUAACGCUCAGACUGUGCACUGAACCGUCUCGUCUGAUGAUCGACACUUUGCUGUAGAAACUUUAAAGCCAUUUGUGUUGGAUUUAAGGUGUCACCAGUCCGCUGAACUGGCAGCCUUUCAACUGAAUGUUCCCCUUCUGUCACUGUAUAGUCACCUACUGUAUAUUUCUUAUAACUCAGAGUAUCUAUAAAACAGAUACAGAAUAUAUAUAUAUAUAUAUAUAUAUAUAAAUUAAAUAUAUAUACACAGUAUAUAAAUGUAGUCAUGUUAAAUGAUGUACAGUUUUGGGGUGUUUUUGUAUACAGUUUUUAACAGAGUCAUAUCAAGAUUUACUUGUGGAUUUUUGCCAACCUUUCUGUAGUUAACAACUGUAAAUUGCUUCAAAAUAAAAGCCAGAUGUGGAGAUAUAAAA